AUGGAAAUCAAUGGAAAUCCUCAGAUAUUACCCAAUAUUUCCCUGGGCUUCCACAUCUAUAACAGUCAAUUUGGUGCCAGUUGGACUUACCUCACCUCACUGGAGCUUCUCUCCACAUGCAGCAACUUCUUCCCUAACUACAAGUAUGAUAGUAAAGAUAAGACUAUCACAGUCAUUGGGGGACCAAACUCAAAUGUGAACUUCUUUAUGGCAACCAUUCUUAGCUUCUACAAGGUACCACAGUUUGGAUAUGGUUCUUCUCCUUUGAUUAAUGACCCAGCCCAGCAAGCUUUCUUUCAAUGGAUGUUUCCUAGUAGAAACCAACAGUAUGUUGGGAUACUUCAGCUGCUUUUGCUUUUCAGAUGGACCUGGAUUGGUCUCAUUUUUAUGGAAGAUGACAAUAGCCUCUGGUUUGUACAGAAUGAACUUCCCAAGUUUUCCCAGGGAGGUAUCUGCUUUGAUUUUAUUGAACGGUUUCCACCAUUAUAUUUGAAAACUGGCAUCCAUGAAAUGGUAGAAUCAUGGGUGCUUGUAUACCGAUUGAUAAUUAAUAGCAUGGCCAGUGUUGUGUUCAUACAUGGCGAAUUUCACAUCGUAAUCUUUCUGAGAAUGUUUCCCAGAAUUUCAGAAAUUGAAAACAUAUCAAUGAAGAGAGGCAAAGUCUGGAUGAUGACUGCACAGAUGGAGUUCACUUCUGUUUCCUUUCAACGAUCUUGGGAUCUAGAUAUCCUUCACGGAACUCUAGCCUUUGCAACUCAGUCAAAUGAGCUGGUAGAUUUCCAAAAUUUUCUUUGGAUGAGAAACCCUAAUGUUGACACCACAGAUGGUUUUAUUAAAGACUUUUGGAAACAGGCAUUUGAUUGUUCCUUGCCAACUUCCUUGGAAGAGAAGAAUGCUUGGAAUCGCUGCAGUGGGGAGGAAAAGCUAGAGGGUCUUCCUAGAUCUGUCUUUGACAUGAGCAUAACUCCCCAUAGCUACAGUGUCUACAAUCCAGUUUAUGCUGUGGCCUAUGCUUUGCAGUCCAUGACUUCAUUAAAGUUCAAACACAGACCUAUGUCAGAGGAAAGACAAAAGAAUCCAAUGCUGUGGCAGGCUCAGCCUCUGUCUCUGUGCAAUGAACCCUGCUAUAAAGGUCACGGCAAGACCAAGAAGGAAGGGAAGCCAUUUUGUUGUUAUGAUUGCCUUCCAUGCCCAAGAGGAAAAGUUUCAAACCAGAUGGACAUGGAUUCUUGUUACCAGUGUCCAGAGGAUCACUAUCCCAGCAAAGCUCAGGAUCAGUGCAUUCCAAAAGAGAUCAGCUUCCUAGGUUUCCAAGAGUUUUUGGGGUUCACUUUGGUCAUUUUUGCUCUUUUAUUUUCCUCUAUCACGGCUCUGGUCUUGAUGAUCUUCGUUCAGCACAAGGACACACCCAUAGUCAAGGCCAACAAUCGAAGCCUCAGUUACAUCCUCCUGAUCUCUCUUCUGCUUUCCUUUCUCUCUACUUUGCUCUUCAUUGGUCAGCCUCAGAUGGCAACUUGUCUCCUUCGCCAAACUGCUUUUGGCAUCAUCUUUUCUGUGGCAGUUUCUUGCGUGGUGGCUAAAACGCUCACUGUGGUCUUAGCUUUUAUGGCCACCAGGCCAGGCUCUCAGAUGAGGUCAUGGGUGGGAAAAAGACUGGCACUUUUUAUAGUGCUUUCCUGCUCUUUCAUUCAAACCACUCUCUGUAGUGUAUGGCUGGUGAUCUCUGCUCCCUUCCCAGAUCUUGACAUGCACUCUCUGCCUACAGAAAUGGUCCUAGAGUGUAAUGAAGGCUCUGCUGCCAUGUUUUAUUGCAUCCUGGGUUUUAUUGGCCUUUUGGCCAUGAUCAGCUUUACAGUGGCUUUUCUUGGAAGGAAUCUUCCAGACAGUUUUAAUGAAGCUAAAUUUAUCAUUCUCAGCAUGCUUCUUUUUUGCAGUGUCUGGAUCUCUUUUGUUCCAGCCUACCAGAGCACCAAAGGGAAAUAUAUGGUAGCUGUGGAGAUCUUCUCUAUCUUAGCCUCUAGUGCUGGAUUAUUGGUCCUCAUUUUCUCCCCCAAAGUUUACAUCAUCUUGAUAAGACCUGAGCUGAAUAAUAGGCAACAGAUUAUGCAAAAAAUCCUCAUAAAGUAA